AUGCUUCUGAUGAGGAAUGAUCUCCUGGAUCGAAUAUCGACGUAUACCUGCCAGAAAUUCGUCGGAAUCGGUGAUGAGUUAAUUCUGACGUCUUCUGGAGUCCUUGGAGAUGUUCUUCCGAGGUCUCGCAGGCAGAUCGCUGAAGCGAGGGGCCUAAAGUACAUCAGACCUGGGGACCUAGAGGAUCUACUUGAAGGCGACGAGGUCAGGGGCCAUGAACAUGAGAUCCUGUCCUUUCCCGGAUCAGACCUGAAUAUUCCCUGCAAUCAUGAGGGCAAGGAAAUUACCUGGGUCAUGAGCAUUAGCCGACCUAAUUAUACGUGGACAAGAGUCGAUAGUUCUCCUAUUUCUGGAACUAUUCGGAAAAACGGAAACCUAGAAUUAUACGAUGUUGAUGCAAAAGACGCUGGGAAUUACUCUUGUAUCGUGACGUACGUCGACCCAGACAACGAGGAGCUCGUGGAGAAUAUUUACCAACACAGUAUCCAAAUUGUGACCCUUCCUCGUUAUUCCCUACGAGGUGGAAACCGUUACAAAAUGGAUAUCUGUGAAGAUCCAGAGCUCGACAUUUUGUCCGUCUAUUUACCCUCUAAACUCAACGAAGUCCUCUGUAAGAACUCCAUUUGCGAUGCGUUCAUCUUCGCCCCCCACUGUCACAGUCAUCAAGUGUCCAUAAGAGUGCUCGUCGUCCCUACAAAUCCCUCAAAAUUAUUCCCUAUUAGUUCAUCCCAAUGUGGCUUGAGAUGUCGCAAAGCUGUGCAGGACAAACUCGCUUUUCUACUGACCCAGAAUCUACGAAUUAUUCUAAGAAAAACGAGUUGCCGAAUCGUGCCCAGGACAGGCUCGUACCAAUUGAGAAUAGAUUUGUGGAUUUUGGAGGUGGAAGAGGCAGAAGAGCUUAUGAACGGACCAAAAGAAGGGACAGGGGUGAUGCUGAUGGUGAAGUUGGACUUCUUGUUGGGUGUCCUGCGGGAUAUGGUCUUGAUAACAGUCAUUGUGUUCCUUGCUCCCCUCAUUACCACAGUCAAGACCUAUCGGCGAGGUGCAAGAGGUGUCCUCUGGGGACCCAUCAGCCUAGCACUGGUUCCAGGGUGUGCAAAUCUUGCACGAAUCCUUUUGUAG